CGCCGCGAAAUCUGGACCGUACGAUUCUCCGACUACCAAAGGGGCAAAUCUGUAACUUCAGUUCUUCGUCGUCUUCGAUUUAUAUGGAGCUAUAGAGAGCGAGAUUGAUUGGCGAGCUUCAGAGAGAGAGAGAGAGAGAGAGAGAGAGAGAGAGAAGCAGAUAUUGUAAAGAGAGAGAGAAGCAGAGAGAUGGCUAGUGGAAUCGCUCGUGGUCGUUUGGCGGAGGAGAGGAAAUCGUGGAGGAAGAAUCAUCCUCAUGGUUUUGUGGCGAAGCCUGAGACUGGGCCCGAUGGGUCUGUGAAUCUAAUGGUGUGGCAUUGCACUAUCCCUGGUAAAGCCGGUACUGAUUGGGAAGGUGGAUUCUUUCCAUUAACGAUGCACUUCAGCGAGGACUAUCCGAGCAAGCCUCCCAAAUGCAAAUUCCCACCAGGCUUUUUCCACCCUAAUGUCUAUCCAUCUGGAACCGUCUGUCUCUCCAUCCUUAACGAGGAUUCCGGGUGGAGACCAGCCAUCACUGUGAAGCAGAUUCUCGUCGGUAUUCAGGAUUUACUUGACACGCCUAAUCCUGCUGACCCUGCACAGACUGAUGGUUAUCAUCUCUUCAUUCAGGAUGCAGUUGAGUACAAGAAAAGGGUUAAGCUGCAGUCCAAGCAGUAUCCUCCCAUUGUCUAGAAACCUUCGAAGGGAACACCAAAUCUGGUGACAAACCUCUGAAUCUUUUGUUGUCUUUGUGAUUGUGUUUAAAUGUUGUUGGGUGAAUGAAAACUCCUCAUUUUGCCACCUUUGAGACACUACUAGAAUCUCUAUUAUUUUCUGAAAAAACAAUCAUCUUUUUUUUUUCUCUAUUAACUGUUAAUAUUCUUGGUACUUAUUCAGUUGGUGUUUGCUUCGG